UAAAGAGAAUAAUCAUUUAUUGACCAAAAUGUAAAAUAUUUAAUAUUGUUUGGGGGAAGCAAUCCUUCCAUCCAAGUAUUAACCUCAGCUCAGCUUCUGAGAUCAGACCAGCUCAAGGCAGUUUGGACACAGACUAGAGCAAUGUUUUCUUUUCUUUUUUUUGGGGGGGGGGUUCUUUUUUUUGGAGCUGGAGACCGAACCCAGGGCCUUGCGCUUCCUAGGUAAGCGCUCUACCACUGAGCUAAAUCCCCAGCCCCAGAGCAAUGUUUUCUAUUGGAAGUUCAUAACAAAAUUACAACUGAUUACAGAAUAUAUAACAUUCAUGUUGGUAAUCUUAAGAGGAGAAAUACUAAAAAUGCAUACAAUUACAGAAACAAUUAAAUAUACCAUUGUAAGACACAAAAUACAGAGAAAAGUACAUCCCUGCAUGAUGCGAAAUGGAAUACAGUCCAAGGCCCUAGUGGGUCCCGAGGCUCCAGACAGCACAGCACUACGAUACCUAGGAUGAGCAGGACCCCCAUGCAUGCAUACCAAAAACCCAGGGAUGCUCAGGCACUUACCUAAUAUAUGUAAAUGAUAUGUAAAUACUUGUCAUACAGUAUUGUUUGGGGAAUAACUGCAAAAAAAAUUCUGUAGAGAUACGGUUUUCUAGACUUUUUUGCAUUUAUUUAUUUUGUGGAAGCGGGGAGGAGGGGUGUCACAAGGCAUAUGUGAAGGUCAAAGGAUAAUCUCUCCUUCCACCAUAUGGGUUCCAGGGAUCAGACUUGGGAGCAAAUGUCUUUACUCGCUAAGCUAUCUUCCUUCAUAGCCCCAGAUAUAUAUGUAAAAUAUAUAUUAAAGAUCCCCAGCAAGAGCAGGAAGUACCCUUAACUGCCAAGCCAUCUGUCUGGCCCCUGUGAAGUAGAAUAACUAAUGCAAAGCAGGCUGUUAAAAUGAAAGGCAUACUGCUGGAUGUGGUGCACUCCCUUAGUCCAGUGCUUGGGAGGCAGAGGCAGGCAGAACUACUGGCUGGAGGCCAACCUGGUCUACAGAGUGAGUUUCAGGACAGUCAGGAUUACAAAAGCCAGAGGAAGCAGGGGGAAAUGUAGCUGGGUCGGUGUGUGGUAGCUGUGACAGUGGCAUACCUAUAAAUCAUAGCACUCGGGGAGAAAGGUGUUGGGUUUGACACCAGGGUGUGGGCUACAUAGCAAGAUGGCCCUAGUUUGCUUUUUACUGCUGUGAUAAACACCAUGACCAAAAGAAACCUGGGAAUGAAAGGGUUUAUUGGGCUUAUACCACAUAACAGCACCUAAUGAAAGGAAGCCAGGGCAGGAACUCAAGGUAGGAACCUGGAGGUGAGAAUUGAAGCAAACUUCUGCUUACUUGCUUGCCCAAUUUGUUUUUUCUUCCUUCCUUCCUUCCUUCCUUCCUUCCUUCCUUCCUUCCUUCCUUCCUUCGUAUAGAAUAGUUUAUUCAGGGCAUAGGGAGGGGAGUUGAGAGGUUAGUAGAGACAAAGAAAAGCAGAGGGAGGGAGGGGGACUAGAGGCCAGCCAUGAACAUGGAGAGGGGGAAGAGUUGAGAGGGGGGGAGGAGGGAGCAAGAAGGCUAGAGUCAAUUUGUUUUCUUAUGCAACCGAGGACCACCUGCCUAAAAAUGGCACCACCCACAAUGGGCUGGGCUCUCCCACAUCAAUCAUCAAUCAAGAAAAUGUUCCACAGAGCUGCUGAAUUUCUAGCAGCGGUUCUCAACCUGUGGGUCCUGACCCCUCUGGAGGUUAAAUGACCUUUCACAGGGGUCACCUAAGUUUCACAGAAAACAGAUAUGUACAUUAUGAUCCGUAACAGUAGCAAAACUAACUACAGUCAUGACUUAGCAACAAAAAAUAAUUUUAUGGUUGGUGGUCACCAUAACAUGAGGAACCCUACUAAAUGGUCAGACCAUGAGAGAGAAAGAUCUUUGAACAUCCUUAAGAGGUAGAAAAUGGUUCAUAAGGUGGAAGAUUAAGUAGAAUCCUCUUAGAAUUCUUACAGCAAAACAGAGUAAACUGUGGCUGUAGUUUACUGGAUAUUUCAAAACAGUCCGCAGAGGGCUGGGGGUGCUCAGUAGUGAAGUGCUUGCCUAGCACACUUGACGUCUUAGCCUAGAGGAUCUUGGGUAACUCAAACACUAAGAAAUGGUAAAGGUUUGAACUAAUGAAUAAGCCAGUUUUCCUUCUCUAUGUUGUAUAGACACUGAAAUGUUGAAAUGCCAUACUGUAUACACCAAGAGUUUAAUCUCAGAAAUUCACAUGUUGAAAGGGGAGAACCUUAAAGUUGCCCUCUGAUCUCUACAGGUACUCAUAGCAUAUGGAUGGCCACGCCCCCAUCCCACACACAAAUAAUAAACAAAUAAACAAAUAAUGUAAAUGAAAUAAGGGCUGCGGAUGUAGCUCAGUGGUAGAGCUGUACGGCUGGUCUGCGAGAAGCCCUGGUUCAAUCUCCAGUCUCAGUAAGGCAUUAAAUAAAUAAAUAAUUGAAACUGAAUCAAAUAAAUCAGUUGUUACAUUAAAUGUUCGGUGGGAUUAAUAACCAGAGUGUAUUUUUUAUAAAACACUAUAAACUAAUGGGAGAAAAACCAUCCAACAGAGCAAGUGAGAAAACUAAAGUCAGCGCUGCAAGUUUUAAAAAGCAACCGACUUCUUUAAUGAUGGCAACAUUAACAUAGAGUCACAUUUCUCAUUCAACUCUCUGACAAACUUUCCAAGUCCCUUCUCAGGAAACGGUGGCUGGGACCUGAAAACAGGAAGUCAUGCAUGGUGGUAAGGGUUUGUGGGCACCACCUUUAGUGAGCAGUAGAAAGUCUGGGAAAGGUGAAGGUACUCCUACCACUGUUCCACAGCUGGUGAACAGCACAAUGUAUGUCUGUGAUGUAUAGCACGUUUGCUUUCAUUUCCCCCAAAGGAUAAGGAAAUGUUAUAUAGGGGUUAAAAUGAAUAGACCAGGUAGAUAGACACAUACUGUAUCUCAAAAUAACCAUGAUCCACCAAGAAAACAAAAACAAAACAAAAGAAAUUGCAACAGGACAUGGGCUGAAAAAAAAUACAGAUAUACAUAAAAUUUCAAGAACAAGGAAGCCAGUAGUGUGCACUGCCUGUGUAUGCACACAUGAUAAGCAUAGACAUAUGGGGGUGGGUGACACUUCAUGGAUAAGUGGGAUGGCCCUGGCCUGGUCUCUCUUUUUACUGAGAGCUGCAUCUUGCCCAGUUGCCUUCUAAGUCAAACUCCAACCUAGACAUCCACGGGUUCCAUGGAGUGAAAAAAUUAUUGUCUUCUCUUCUAGGAUCCAGUUGGGCUUCGUUCAUCCCUAACUGUAACCAGGGCACCUGCUCACACUUUUUUUUUUUUUUCUUUUUUUCAUUACGUUCCCAAAUCUUGCCAGUUCCUCCACAUUCAGUAAACGUGCGUUUCACUGAACCUGUCCAGGAAAGAGGGUCAUCUCUCAUGGUUGGAAAGAGUACUGUGUACGAGGGGGUGGAAACUGCAACUUGGGAUCAGCAAGCCACUCCCGGCUCGGCCUCAGUUUCCUCCUAAGCAGCCCGUCUAGCCCCUUCCAAAGCGUGCCCUCAAAGAUUCCAGGAAUUCUGUCCUUUCUGGCCGAAAACAACACUGAGGCUUUUCACAAAGCACUCCCACCCCCACCCCUCGCUCCCCUUGGAUCCACAGCCCGCGUCCCUGGAACCCGGGCUGCACUGCGCUGGUCACAUGAACUCCGGCUUUCUCUGGUGUGACGGCUCUCUCCGAUCCCUUUGUGAGCGCAGGUUUUGAAAGCCAACGACCGGGUCCUGGGUUUGAGACGCGCAGGCGGCCGCGGGCGGAAGGCUGUCGGAGCCCAUCGGCCCGCCUCCAGACCCAGCGCGCCGCGCGGGCCGCGCGCCCCGGAUUCCGCUCCGCCGCCUCCGCCGCCGCCGCCGCCGCCGCCGCCCGCCGCGGCCUGGCCCGAGGGCGCCGGGCCGCCAAGACGCCAGGUCCAGCAGCUGGACAUGGAGGACGACCGCUCAUCACCUCUGUCAUUCUCCAGAAUUCCACACGAAGAGUCUGUGCAUCAGGCCCCUGCCCGGCUCCCUAGAGAAACUGUGUUCUCGUCUUGCAUCCUUCCCCCCAAAGAAAUUUCUCCUUUGUCUCCCACUGCUCCCCAGCAAGCUGCCCUGCCCCAGACUGACAGUCCUCCUAAGCAAGAGACAUCCGGCCAGAUGUCACAUGUUCUCCAGAAAGGACCUUCACUCCUGUGUCCUGCCACUUCGGAGCAAGACACACCUCACCAGGUAUCCCUGGCUUCCCAGGAAGAAACUCACUCCCCUCCUUCAGCUGCUGGUCAAGGGAUCCCCUUCCUCUCCCACUCCACCCACCAUCAGGACGCUCCACUCCACUCUCCUGAAGCUCCUGAGAAAGACUCGCUGACUCUGUCACCCACAGUUCCCGAGACCGACAUGGACCCCUUGCUCCAGAGUCCCACUUUACAAAAGGACACUCCCUUCCAUACCUCUUCUGCAGCCCAGAAGGAACAGCCACUGCCCACCGCAGAGAUCACUCGCUUGGCCGUGUGGGCUGCAGUACAAGCAGUGGAGAGGAAACUGGAGGCCCAGGCCAUGCGACUACUGACUCUGGAGAGCAGGACAGGGACAAAUGAGAAGAAGAUAGCAGACUGUGAGAGAACAGCUGUGGAGUUCGCAAAUCAUCUGGAGAGUAAGUGGGUUGUACUGGGGACCCUGCUGCAGGAGUAUGGGCUGCUGCAGCGGCGCCUGGAGAACAUGGAGAAUCUGCUAAAAAACAGAAAUUUCUGGAUCCUGCGGCUACCCCCAGGCAGCAACGGAGAAGUUCCCAAGGUUCCUGUCACAUUUGAUGAUGUCGCCGUCCAUUUCUCUGAGCAGGAAUGGGGAAAUCUCUCUGAGUGGCAAAAGGAGCUCUACAAGAAUGUAAUGAGGGGCAACUAUGAGUCUCUGGUCUCUAUGGACUAUGCAAUAUCCAAACCAGACCUGAUGUCACAGAUGGAGCGUGGCGAGAGGCCAGCCAUGCAGGAGCAAGAGGACUCUGAGGAGGGCGAGACGCCCACGGAUCCCAGUGCUGCACAUGAUGGCAUCGUGAUUAAGAUCGAGGUGCAGACCAACGAUGAGGGCUCAGAAGGUCUGGAGACACCAGAGCCGCUGAUGGGACAAGUGGAGGAACACGGCUUUCAGGACUCAGAGCUGGGUGACCCCUGUGGAGAGCAGCCAGACCUGGACAUGCAGGACCAAGAGAACGUGCUAGAGGAGUCCACUGAAGGCUCCAGUGAGUUCAGUGAGCUCAAGCAGAUGCUGGUGCAGCAGAGAAACUGCACGGAGGGGAUCGUGAUAAAGACAGAGGAGCAGGAAGAGGAUGAGGAAGAGGAAGAGGAGGAUGAGCUGCCACAGCACUUGCAAUCCCUUGGGCAGCUGUCUGGGAGGUACGAGGCCAGUAUGUACCAGACUCCCCUCCCUGGGGAGAUGUCCCCCGAGGGCGAGGAAAGCCCCCCACCCCUGCAAUUAGGCAACCCAGCAGUGAAGAGGCUGGCACCCAGCAUUCAUGGGCAUACACAUGGGCAUGGGCAUGGUGAGCGGCAUCUGGGUGAGAACCGUGGGAACUCCAGCCAGCAGCAGCGAAACCGGCGUGGUGAGCGGCCCUUCACUUGCAUGGAGUGUGGCAAAAGCUUUCGGCUGAAGAUUAACCUCAUCAUCCACCAGCGUAACCACAUUAAGGAGGGGCCCUAUGAGUGUGCCGAGUGUGAGAUCAGCUUCCGCCACAAGCAGCAACUCACGCUGCACCAGCGCAUCCACCGAGUACGCAGCGGCUACGCCUCCCCUGAGCGCGGAUCAGCCUUCAAUCCCAAGCACUCGCUCAAGCCGCGUCCCAAAUCGCCUAGCUCAGGCAGUGGUGGAGGCCCCAAGCCCUACAAGUGCCCAGAGUGUGACAGCAGCUUCAGCCACAAGUCAAGCCUGACCAAGCAUCAGAUCACACACACGGGCGAGAGGCCCUACACAUGCCCAGAAUGCAAGAAGAGCUUCCGUUUGCAUAUCAGCCUGGUGAUCCACCAGCGCGUGCAUGCUGGCAAGCACGAAGUCUCCUUCAUUUGCAGCCUGUGCGGCAAGAGCUUCAGCCGCCCGUCGCAUCUGCUGCGCCACCAGCGGACUCAUACCGGUGAACGGCCCUUCAAGUGCCCGGAGUGUGAGAAGAGCUUCAGUGAGAAAUCUAAGCUCACUAACCACUGCCGCGUGCACUCGCGCGAACGGCCGCACGCCUGCCCUGAGUGCGGCAAGAGCUUCAUCCGCAAGCACCACCUGCUGGAGCACCGGCGCAUCCAUACGGGUGAGCGGCCCUACCACUGCGCUGAGUGUGGCAAGCGCUUCACACAGAAGCACCACCUGCUGGAGCACCAGCGAGCGCACACGGGCGAGCGGCCCUACCCCUGCACGCACUGUGCUAAGUGCUUCCGCUACAAACAGUCCCUCAAGUACCACCUGCGGACCCACACGGGCGAGUGAGCAUGCGCCCCGCCCCUGCCCCGGCCAGAUGCGCAGCCAGGUGCAAGGGUCUAAGGCCCCUGGGACAGGUACCUCGGCUGCCCCCAGACUGAGCUCAGUGGGCGGGAGCGGGGCGCCCCAAGCCCUUCUGCUGUGAACCCUUCUCCUCUCCCGUCCCUUCUCCCCAGGACGGGGUAGUGAAACCAGGUCGCUUGUUGCCUGCUUCCCCAGGGCCCCUGGGGGGAGCGCUUGGGCCUGGGGAACCCCUUCAGGCUGUUAAUUUCCUUGACAAUAAAAUGGAUGAAAACAAUCUGCACGGGGGCAGUGAUUUGGCUGCCAGCCACUCGCAGGCGCGAUGCAGGGCCAUUUAGUCGGGAAUAGAACUUUCUAAUUACCUUUUGGAUACUGUGGUUCUAUUUGAUAAUAAUAGAGUAAUUUUUAAAAGA